AUGUCCGAUUUGGUGUGCCUCCUUGCCUUCAGCAGCCCCUUUGUGCAUCCGCGGUUUUCACGCCCUCCGGCGGUGCCAGCAGUUGAGGAUGCCUUGAAUCAGACGGCGCCUUACUACCUCAGGGCGCAUCGCAACUUCCCGGACCCUCUGGCCCGCCUGUCCGAAACCUAUGCCCAGUUGGAGGAGGAUUCGAGGGCCGAGAGUAGCCGCCCUGUAGGGAAUCAAUCCGUUUGGGUGUUGCCUGACAAGCUUCUCGCCUCCGUGCGUAACCACGACAGCCUGGUUCUGGAGGUUGGGGAGCGGCAAUUUCUGGUGAACGUGCUGGGCCGCUGGAGUCGCAAAGUUCAGGUGACGGACCUUGCCACUGGGCAGCAGUGGUCGCGCCGCAGCUUUGCAAGAGACCCCUCGGGGGACCGCCUGGCUGAUCUGAACCAUGUCUACACAGUGCUGGUGGAUAAGCUUGGCAGUCCUGGCAAGGAGGUUUGGAUGUCUUGCGGCUUCAGAGGCGACGAAGUGAACUGGGAGUACUCCAUCAAGUAUGCUCGCAUUCUGGACCUGGACUCGCUGGAGCUGCGGGUCGGGCCUCGUCUGCCCUAUGCCGGAGGCGCCUGCACGGCGACAGCUCUGGAGAUCAUCAAAGGUGAGCCGCCCAUGAUCUGCAGCUUCGCGGGUACGGAUGGCCAUCAUGACUCUGGCCUCUUCCUCCCUUACGCCUCAUGCUACGACCGCCUCCGCGAACGGUUUUGGUUCCCCUUCGGCCGCAUGCCCUAUGGCUUGGACCACGGCAAUGUGGCGCUGCUUCCAAGAGACAGAUGCGGCGCGCACAAGGCCACUCUCUUGAUCCUGAACUAUCGCACCGAGUCAUAUGGCAUAUCAAGGCCCGAGAUCUUGGCCUUCGACUUGCCGGACCAAGGCUGGACUCUGGAGGAGCUGUCGAACAUGUCGAAAGAAGAUUUGGGCAACUGGUGGCUCUAUCACAAUGUAAGCUAUACGGAUGCACACGACGAUCGAAACUGCCCUCGAGAUGCCAGCGGCAUCGCGGUGGCCAACGACGGCCGAUACAUUUUGAACUUUGGCGGGGUGUACCGUCCGAGUCGCCAUGUGGUGCACGCGUACAGUGUGGUCCGUAAGUUCGAUGUGUGCUCCAAGGAGUGGCAGGUGGUGGACGACCUUGGUAUCCGCAGCUUUGCUCUCCAGUCGGCCGCAAGCCAGAAGCUGCAGCUCGCCAUCACUUGUGGCGGGCAGGGAGGCGUAACCGAGCUCUUCGAACACCACAACUCGCCUUGGUGCAUUGCCUUUCGUCCGGACCCGGCAUCUGGGCUCGUGCUUGCGAACCGUCAUGGUGAUGUUGCGCUCCGCGGGUUUCCCGCGGGCUUUGUCCCCGGACAACUUGAGCGGCCCAAGAGCAGGUCACAUGCGAAGAAGUCAGGAUGGGGAGACUGA